CUCAAAAAUCCUAAAAAAGUCUCUCUGCAACGAUCACUACAACCAUGAAUUUGGUUUUGAUGUUCGUUCUCCUGGCUUUAUCUGAGUCCGUCCCCGCUGAAUUCACCUUACCUGAACUUCAGACAGAGACACGGUCACGCUUUGCAGCUCUGGAUGAGGUCCGGCUUUUGGCAAACGGCAUGCUACAGCUCGGCCACAGCCUGCGGGACUUUGUGCAAAACACAAAGAGUCAGAUUAAUGACAUUUUCCAGAAGCUCAACAUCUUUGACAAGACUUUUUACCAGCUUUCUGUGCUAACCAGUGAGAUCAAGGAGGAGGAAGAGGAGCUGAAAAAGACCACGGUGAUCCUGAAGGCAAAUAACGAAGAAAUAAAGACCCAGUCAUUGGAGAUCAGCUCUAAAGUGGAUGAUAUCAUAAAUGAGAGAAACCACCUGAGGAAGCAGGUGGUUGGAUUGGAGGAGAGGUUAAGUGGACUUUCCCAAAGUUUGCUGUCACCUGAUCAGGUUGCAGAAAUCUCGACCCUCAAGGAGGUAAUCCAGGUUCAGGAAAGAAGCAUACAUGAUCUUCUGAAGACUGUUAAUGAACAAAGUGAACAACUCAACAACCAAAAGACCAAGAUCAAUGGCCUGGAAAAUAAAAUGAGCUCUGCCUGGAUUCAAGAAACUGCUGAAAAUUCAGACAGGAACCUUCAAACUGACAGCGUCUCUGGAUAUCUACCGUACUACACAUCUGAUGGAAGCUUCUCAAGUGAUCUUCCCAAGGAUUGUGGUGAGGUAUCCAACAGAGGACACAAGUCCAACGGCCUGUAUGCCAUUAGGCCAAACCAGUCACAAACAUUUCUUGUGAAUUGUGAAUUCACAGAGGAUGGAGCGUUUACGGUCAUCCAGCGCAGACAUGAUGGCUCUGUGGACUUUGACCAGUCCUGGGAGAAAUAUGAGGAUGGAUUUGGAGACUUCAGUAUAGGUGAGUUCUGGCUGGGGCUUAAAAAGAUCUAUGCUAUUGCACAUCAGGGAAACUCUCUCCUGCAUAUCCAGAUAGAGGACUGGAGGAAGGAAAAGCAUUUAGUGGUUUAUCAGUACAUCCUGGAGGACGCCGCCUCCAACUACACCAUCCACCUGAAGCUGCAGUCGGGUGAUCUGAGCACUGCCGUGGAUGAACACAUCGGCUUGAGGUUCUCCACUAAAGACCAUAAUGAUGGAAACCUUGAUCCAAGCUGUGUCCAAGACUACACAGGUGGUUGGUGGUUUAGCCUUUGUGGGGACAUUAACCUGAAUGGCAAAUAUAUUCAGAGUAGACCUCGUAAAAAGGGAACCCACUGGAAACCUGGCAAGAAAACCAACAGCCUCAAGGCCUCAAAAAUCUCCAUUCAUCAUCUCACAAAAUCACAAACCCCUUAAUAUCAGUAUAUGUGCAUAAAUAUGGUAUGCUGCUGUUAAAAUGAUCAGACCUCCAAUACACAUACUGUACACGCCAAACAGCUGCAUGAGUGUUUUUGUUAACUAGGUAGCAUUGUAAUACAACAUUAUACAAUAUAACCAGGGUGCGAUUUGCUGGGGGGGAUGCGUGGGAUUUCCCCCUUUCUGGUCAAUGUAUCCCUGCCUCUGCUUAAUAAUUUUUAUCCCCGGUGGGGAUAAAUUUAUCCCCCCCUCAAAGUGAUCAGUGCUACUACACUAGUGGCGAGACGGAUCACAAAACUUAUCACGGAUCCGUGGUUUGAAUAAAGUCAAUUUUGUUUUAAAAUGCGCUGCUUUGGCUGGCUCUGAUACAGCUGCCGCGCAGCUUCACCACUCUGAAGACUUGCUCAAUGUCCCGCCCACGGCGCUACCUGAUUGGUUACAGAACCGGUUACACCUCACGAGUAAAAGCCUAUCAACACAUGCGAGAUGGUUAUGGAGCUGUGUGUCGAAACGAUGGAAGGCAGCAUAUUCAUCCGCAUAUUAAUAAAGCGAGAAUAAACAUCACAAUCUGAUAAUCUGUUUAUGAUGACAAGCAGAGUAAGUGUCCCAGUCACACCACUGAGAAUGGCAGAAGUGACACAUGAUAAAUGCAGAUGAGGCGUUUAGCGAGGCGCGGGCGCGUCCAGUUUGCGCAAAUGAGGCUAAUUGACAUAAUGCAUCUGUCUUUUCUAUCAUUUCACUGUAGCUCAGCAUUGCGGUGUAAAGUUAAUGUUAUUACUUUAAAAGCAGCAGUAAAGCUGUUUCUACUGUUAUGGUUUAACUUUGCAAUCAAUACAUUGUUCAUAUAUGUUUAAGUUGACACUACAUUGUGCCAUACAGUUUUGCCAUUCAAGAUUUAAUUCUUGCGUGUUUUUUCGUUGUGCAUGAUCACAGUUCAUAUGUGUGGGGAAAGAUAAACUAUUAGUGUAAAAAUAUUGCGUUAGGCUGCUUCAUGAGUUAAGAAUUUUUUUACAAUUCCUGCAAAUGCAGUGAUGAAGUUAAUGUUCUCAUGAUUUAUUUUUAUGAAUUAAAAUGUUUUGAAAUGUGCUGUGAACAGACGCAUUAUGUCAAGAAUGAUAAAAAAUCGUCAAUAAGCUCAUAAUUUGCGCUAAAAUAGUCUAAAUGUUUAGUUUAAAACCAUUUUAAAAAGCUGGUUAUUUUGAUGUUUCUGCGCAAGUUCAGCAGACAGUGAGGUUCGGGUUUGUUCCGAUCAGAGCUCGUGAGCGGAGAGCGCAUUUCUGAAUAUUAGAAAUAUUUUAAUUAGAAAUAUAUAUAAAAAAAAUAUAUUAUAAUGGAUUUUUGUUAGGUCGGACAAUGAUUACCAAAUUUCUCUCUCAUAUUGCUCUUCAUAACCACUGAAAACAGUCAAAAAAGUAAAAACUAGUGGUGGGUUCAAAAUAACUCAUGACGAAAUAUGGUGAGUACCCACCGUCGCCGAAAUCGACGCCUCUGAAAACAUCCCCCCCUCUGUUUUUUUCACAAAUCGCACCCUGAAUAUAACAAUAUUUUAAGCACUGUUUCAUAUUUAAGUAAGCACCUAUGAAUAAGUAUGAUAAAUCAAAGAUGAGACAUUUACUGUACACUAUCAUUAGGCAAAGUGUAUUGCACAUGAUUCAGUCUCUCCUGCAGUUAAUUACAUUGCAAUGUGUCCAACCAGGAAACCUUUAUUUAACUUUAUUUUAAGAACCGGUGUCUCUCAUGUGUUUGAGUGAGUCACAUUGACUUAAAAAUAUGCAAGUACAAACACACAUGAGUACAGUAUUCAGUUUUUGCUUUAUGUUGUAUGUAAAAAUUAUCAAGAAAACAAAAAUUGUACACAGACAAUGUUACUGCAAGGAAAUAAAUGUGUAUAGAUACAGCAA